CAUGAGAAAAAAAAAAGAACAUAGGUGCGAAAUAAAGUAAAAAUAAAAAACACAAGGGACCUGGAACCCUAGCCCGGGAGAUCUGAAAAAACAAGCUCCGCUCCCGAAGUACCAAACAGAUCUGUGUAUCUGACGACCGUAUUCGUCGAAUGUGGAGCUUCACCCUCGUCGCCUCCGUCGUUCCUAUCCACACCUCUGCAGAAAAAAAGCCCCCUAAGCCAAUCAAUUCUCUGCCGCAACCGCCCCAUCACCGCCGUCUCCACCUCUGCCGAGUUCUUCCGUACCACAACCCCGACCCCACUAGUUGGUCCGCUGUAUAUCUCACCGCUGCGUGAACCCCACCUCCAAAAUUCGCGCUUUACUGGGUUUUCUGUGUGUAUCUCGCUCCUUUCCUAGGCAUUCCUCGUGUCCUGUCCUGCGUACGCUAGCGAUUUCUCCUAAGGCUUGGUGUGUUUGUGCCUCAGAGUUUGGAGGUCAGGAGAAAUGCACUCUAAUGAGAUGGAUUAUGGUCGGGGUGGCGACACAGUGUUGAUCAAUACCCGGUUUGUAUGGCCAUAUGGUGGAAGAAAUGUGUACUUGAGUGGGACAUUCACAGGAUGGGGACAGUGGCCAAUGACUCCUGUGGAGGGGUGUCCUUCUGUUUUUCAAACUAUCUGUUGCAUACCAUCUGGUUAUCACCAGUAUAAAUUUGUUGUUGAUGGUGAAUGGAGGCACGACGAGAACCAACCUUUUGUUACGGGAAAUUAUGGGACUGUAAACACUAUCAUCUUGCCUAGAGAAACUGACUACAAUCCUCCAGCGAACGCUGGACAGAUUGCUCCUAUUUCCAACAUGGAUGUUGAUAAUGAUACAUUCCAGCGUGUGGUUAGGGUGUCAGAUGGUACCUCAAAUCCCAUUUCGAGAAUAACGCAGACAGAUAUAGACAGAUCUCGUCAACAUAUAACUGCAGUCUUGUGUGCACAUAUUGCUUAUGAGUUGCUUCCUGAGUCAGGAAAGGUCAUUGCUUUAGAUGUUGAACUCCCUGUAAAGCAGGCAUUUCAUAUCCUGCACGAGCAGGGUAUUCCUAUGGCUCCACUUUGGGAUUCUAACAGGGGAAAUUUUGUUGGAGUUCUGAGUGCAUUGGAUUUUAUCUUGAUCAUGCGGGAGCUGGGAACUCAUGGGUCAAACCUCACAGAGGAGGAACUUGAGACACACACUAUUUCUGCUUGGAAAGAAGCAAAGUCUUACUUAAACCGACAAACUAAUGAGAGAAGGGGAACAAGACUAAUUGUGUCUGCUGGUCCAGAUGAUAACUUGAAAAAUGUUGCUUUGAAAAUUUUACAAAAUGGUAUAGCAACAGUUCCCAUCAUUCAUUCAUCAGCAGAAGAUGGAUCAUACCCACAGCUACUGUAUCUCACUUCCCUGUCUGAAGUACUAAAAUAUAUUUGCAGGUAUUUCAGGCAUUCACCAGCAUCUCUACCCAUUCUUCAAUUCCCAAUCAAUGCAAUACCUUUGGGCACCUGGGUUCCCCAAAUCGGAGAGCCAAAUCCACGACCUUUGGCAAUGUUGAGACCGACAGACUCUCUUAGUGCCGCAUUGGAUUUAUUAAUUCAAGCUCAAGUUGGUUCAAUUCCCAUUGUUGACGAGAAUGACUCAUUAUUGGAUAUAUAUUCCCGAAGUGAUAUUACAGCUUUGGCCAAGGACAAAAUCUACACACAUAUCAAUCUUGAUGAAAUGACAAUUCAUCAGGCAAGCACUGCAACUUGGAGAGGAACCAUACCCUUCUUCUCCCUAUGUGGUUGGCAAUGAAAGAUGUCAUAUGUGCUUACGUUCUGAUCCGCUCCAUAAAAUAAUGGACAAAUUAUCAAAGCCAGGUGUGAGGCGGCUUGUAAUUGUAGAGGCUGGAACCAAGCGUGUUGAAGGUAUCAUAUCUCUUAGCGAUGUAUUUCGGUUCUUGCUUGGAUAGGCGGAGAGGUGUUGAGUUUGAAGCAAGCGUGUUGAAGGUAUCAUAUCUCUUAGCGAUGUAUUUCGGUUCUUGCUUGGAAUCCUUGGAUAGGCGGAGAGGUGUUGAGUUUGACUCCCUAUAAGCCCUUGGCGAUCUAAUCUUUUAAUUCUUUAAUGUAUACACAGCUGGAUUGGCCUGUGUGCCUGCUGCUGCUGCUUUUUUAUUUUUAUUAUGUUGUCUUAGGCUUCAAAAUGAGGCGUGAUGUAAAUUGACAUAAUUGUUUUAUUUGAUUUUCAUUUGUUUUUAAUAUUGUAGUAUUCUCUCUAUAAACUUCAGACACUUUUUUUCUACGCAGCUAAGACGACUGGCCAAUUAUCAUCUAAACUGUAGGGGGGCUUUGUAAAUUCAUUGAUCUGGGUUACUGGGUAAUGGGUAUGAGGCAAUGUAUUGAAGUUUGC